GACCCGCUCUGAGGCUAGCGGACGGCGUUCUACGUCACUUCCUGUAAAUCCCCAUAAAGACGGACUCGGCGGCGCUCGAGCGGAGCUUCGCGGGUCAAUUUUUUUGAUCAGUUUGGUGAAUCCGCGCGGAUCGGAGGCAUCAGAGGAGCCGACAUGACGGUGGGUAAAAGCAGCAAGAUGCUGCAGCACAUCGACUACAGGAUGAGGUGCAUCCUGCAGGACGGGCGCAUCUUCAUCGGGACGUUCAAGGCCUUCGACAAACACAUGAACCUCAUCCUGUGCGACUGCGACGAGUUCAGGAAGAUCAAGCCCAAGAACUCCAAGCAGCCGGAGCGCGAGGAGAAGAGGGUUCUGGGUUUGGUUCUGCUGAGGGGGGAGAACCUGGUCUCCAUGACGGUGGAGGGCCCGCCCCCUAAAGAUACCGGUAUCGCCCGGGUGCCCCUGGCGGGCGUGGCAGGAGGUCCGGGCGUGGGCCGCGCCGCGGGGCGGGGCGUCCCGGCCGGGGCUCCCAUGCCUCAGGCGCCGGCCGGCCUGGCGGGACCCGUCAGAGGAGUGGGCGGGCCUUCACAGCAGGUGAUGACCCCGCAGGGCAGGGGAACGGUUGCCGCGGCGGCGGCAGGCGCCAGCAUCGCGGGCGCUCCCACACAGUAUCCUCCUGGACGAGGAGGCCCGCCUCCUCCCAUGGGCCGUGGCGCUCCGCCUCCUGGGAUGAUGGGCCCGCCCCCCGGCAUGCGGCCGCCAAUGGGUCCUCCAAUGGGAAUGCCUCCUGGCCGUGGAGCGCCGAUGGGCAUGCCCCCCCCCGGCAUGCGGCCGCCGCCCCCAGGCAUGAGAGGCCCUCCUCCUCCUGGCAUGCGUCCUCCUCGGCCCUGAAGCAGCGUCUCCUCCUGCUGGUGUAUAGUUUUAGUUGUUUGUACCUUUUCUGUUUUUUAAUAAAGCGUCCGCUGGACAGUUUGGUUUGACA